AUGGACCACACUGAGUUCGCCGUCGCGCCCUACAUCCUGGCCACCGAGACCGACGGCGGCCUCGUCCUCCUAUGCGUCCCCACCGUCGACCCCGACUAUCCGACCGAUCACUUGCGUCCCCGAAAUUGCCAAUACUUCGUCUACGACGCCCUCGCCCGCAAACUUCACCAACUCCCGCAACCCGGCUUCCAACACCGACUCAGCCAGCGCUCGCUCGCCAUCAUGCGCAAGCCCAACAAAAGCUCCAAAAACACCAGCAACCACGUCAGCCUACGCCCCCAUGUACAUGGAGAGGCCGAGGCCGAGGCCGACUUCGUCGUUGCCGCACAAUCCUACAUUUUCUGGGGUAAAGAAUCUCCUCACAUCUGCAUCUAUGACUCUGCUAUCAAGACCUGGAGCAACAAGCCGGUGGUAAUGGGUUCAUCAUAUCCAGACCACCACCUCCCAAGCAAGACACUCGCCAUCGGAGGAAUCAAUGGCACCGUGGCUUGGGUGGAUCUCUGGCACAACAUCAUCUUCUGUGACGUUCUCGCCAAACGCCCCAAGCUUCGCUACCUGAAGCUGCCGUCCGAACCCCGCGACAGGGGUUUCAAUCCAAGGUCCGUUCGCGACAUUGCCGUCUUUGGCAACACCAUCAAGUAUGUUGCGAUGCUGCUUCGGCCCGACGACACAAGCUCCUCUAAGGUCCCCUCCUGUCGUUGGAUGGCCACAGCAUGGAGCAUCGACAAGAGCCGUCACGCCUCGGCCAAGGAUUGGCGCAUGGUUUGCAAGCUCGAUUCCACCCGUAUAAUGGUUGAUGCAGCUGGUACCGCGGCUUCCUUCCCAACCUUGUCGUCUCUUUGCGGUAGCCUGCCCACACUCAGCCUGCAGAAUGAUGCCAUUGUUUAUUUCCUCGCCAAGAUUGACUUCAGCCCAAGGCAACGCACAGCUUGGGUGCUUGCUGUUGACAUGAAGAACGAGACUGUUGAGCAAGUGGUGGAGUUCCCUGCUGAGAGGACUUAUUGUGUAGCCGAGGGCUACGAUGCAAGUAGGAUCUCCGCAUAUCUCCAACCCGCUCCAGGUAGGAAGCAAAUACAUAAACGACCAGGGGUGUCGUUGCUGAAAUCACCUAGCAAGAAGCAUACUGGAGAUGUUGACGCCAUGGUGGAGUGA